AUGUCUACAUUUGACACAUCUAAACUGAUUAGCAUUUCGAAAACAGUGUUAAUUUGGGGUUUAGUCCUAUACUUGGGCUUUAUUAUCUUUUUUAAUGACUCUAAUUGUCCAUCUUCUCAACUUUUCUCUUCUUUUAGAUUGAAAUGGGCACCUUUUAGUUCUCAAUCAAAUGAUGUACAAUCCAAAAGUUCCACUAACAUUAGUCACCUUCUUUUUGGUCUUUUAGGUUCUGAAAAAGCAUGGCAUCAUAGAAAAUCAUAUAUUGAAUCAUGGUGGAGACCAAAUGUUACAAAUGGAUAUCUUUUACUAGAUGUUCCUCCUAAAGGUGAUCUUCUCCCAUGGUCUUCAAAUUCACCUCCUUAUAAAAUAUCAGAUGAUAUUCCAAAACUUGUUAACGAGACCAAACAUGUCGAUGCAACCGUUCUAAGGUUGGUUCAUGGGAUAAUGGAGGUGUUUAGAGAGAAACAUGAAGGUGUAAGAUGGCUAGUUAUGGGAGACGAUGAUUCGAUAUUUUUCUUAGAUAAUAUGGUUGAAAUUCUUGCACAAUAUGAUCAUACCAAGUAUUAUUAUUUUGGAGGACAUUCGGAAUUUAUAUUAUCGAAUUAUUGGUACUCAUUUAAUCAAGGUUUUGGUGGAGCUGGAUUCAUAUUGAGUUAUCCUUUGGCUAAAGCAUUGUCAAGAGAUAUGAUGUCUUGCUUAAAGAGAUACGCUCAUUUGAAUGCUGCUGAUAGAACAACAAUGACCUGCAUUGCUGAUAUUGGUGUCAAUCUUUCUCCUCUUCAAGGCAUUCAUCAGAUUGAUCUACGUGGUGAUUUAUUUGGAUUUCUAUCAUCCCAUCCAAAAUCUCUACUAAUGUCUCUUCAUCAUUUUGACAUGGUUGACCCAAUAUUUCCCUCUAUGGAUCGUGCACAAUCAGUGUUCCACCUCCAAAAUGCUGCACAAUAUGAUCAAUCACGUAUGUUACAACAAACCAUAUGUCACCAUAGGUCUAAAAGCUGGACAUUUUCAGUUUCUUGGGGAUACUCAACUCAUAUUUAUGAAAAAAUUAUGCCUAGAAGUUGGAUACAAAGACCAAUUGAAACAUUUAAACCAUGGCAAAAAAGUCCCAAUCCACCACAUUAUAUGUUUGAUGUUAGAAGUCCUUCUUGGGAUCCAUGUGAAUCCCCUCAUGUAUUUUUCUUCAAGUCCAUUGAGAGAACACCAAGAAAUGAAGUUCUUACAACAUAUACUAGAGCAUGGCCUCGAGGGAUUGGAACUUGUUUGAAUGCUGGAAAUCAUUCUGCAGAGUAUAUUUUUGAAAUUCAUGUUUACUCACCUGCAAUAAAACGUAUUCAGAUGGACAGAUGUGAAUGUUGUGACAUCAUUCACGAGGCUGGAUCCAAUAGGGCAGAGGUCAAGUAUAGAGAGUGCAAGGAAGAUGAGAUAAUAGCUUGA